AUGCAGUACUCAACUUCAGCAAACCUCCAGGAACAAGUGAUCGAACUGAAUCGAAUUCUCAGAGCAGCGGAAUCGGCGAAGGAAAAGAUAGUGCAGCUAUCUUACAAGUAUUUCUUUACAAGGAAGUGGUACGAAAGACUAUUCGACCCCAUUCGAUGCAAGAAACUGGGUACAAGUGCAGAAGAGAUCAACCAACAUCUCCGAGAUCCUUUCGAAGAGCGACGACGAAAUCAAACGCCUUGGAGCUCUGAUAAAAGAAAUCGAGAAGGAACUCAGAAAAGCAGAACGACAAGUUUACAAUUCGAAGCAAUACGACCAAGCCGAAACGCACAAAAGGAUGGCAUUCAGCUCCAUCGUACGGUACAACGCCAGCAAGACGAAAUCUACAAUCUGAAAAAGAAGAUCGAAGAGCUGGAAGCAAUGAGAACACAGCACGAGGAGCAGCUGAACCGACUACAACAAGUUCCAAAAGACGAAGUAAGAGAACAGGCAGAAGCUGAAAUCUCCGACAAGGCCUACUUCGAAGAGAAUGAUCGAAGAAGUCAGCGAAGAAGAUGA